AUUGGGAGGUACCUCAUCAAUUUGCUGUCGCCCUCGAGAGACCUUGCAGUAACAAUUGCUUUACUAGCCCUUGUCCUUUUCAGCCGUCGAGGUCCGAGACGACAUUUCGUUGUGAACUGGAACACCACACCGCAAACCGGCUCUUCAUCUUCACCACCUCACAUACUAGUUACCUCAAAAAGACCGCAAUGGAAUCAAACGGAAAGCGCGAUUCUAUGGAUGCCGCUACAGAUGUAGCCUCGAAGCUGGAAGAAACGCAUCUCCAUUCCUCAUCGCAAGCAUCAACACCAAGCAAGAAGCAUCCACCAAACCUCACCACCCUCCCAGCAUCCGUCCGGAACAAAAUCUACGCCCACCUCCUCGAUACCGAGCUCGUCAACAUCGACCAACCCAAUGUCUCCUACACGCACACAAUCAAGGACUCCACACUCCACUUUGCCGCCUCUCGCCCCCCCUUCCCUGUCCACACCGCGCUUUUCUACACCAACAAGCAACUCUCAAAAGAAGCGCGCAACUACUUCUACUCCACGAACCUCUUCGUCAAGUUCGAGGUCUAUUCUGCUGAUGCGAGGCAUGCAAAAACCAUGCUGGAGGACUCGGGAGUGCUUUUCUCAGUCGCGAGACCGGGGUCGGUGGAGGGGUGCACGAUGCAUGCGAUGGAGCUAAAGAUCGUGGAGAAGGACAGCGCGGUGAAGAGAGCGAGCGUGUUGUUUCCUGCGCAGUAUCUGCCCCGCCUGGUCAAUUUCAUGGAGCAGGCCUGCAAGGCAUCAGGAUCGUGGGCUCCGAAUCAUUCGCUUAUCUUGUCUGUGGUGAAUGUGUACAAAUUGGAGAAGGCGAGAGUACAGGGUGACUUGCUGGAGCUGUUCCGCCUGCUGAGCAAUGUUGGCAGGGUGGAAGUCAAAGGGAAGGAUCUGUUGGCGGGCUACGCGGAGGCGCUGCAGCGGAGCAUGAUGGCGGCGGCCUUCGAAGCGGAUACAUGGCUGAAAGCGGUGACUGAGAUGACAGAUCGAGCUGAACAAGCACUCGACAAGAAGGACUACGACUCUGCAGCCCAGCAGUGCCAGGCAGCCACGAUAUCAUUGACCUACGCAUACCUCACGCGCGCAGAAACACUGCAUUCGCAGGCCGAAGGUUUCAACAAGGAAAUCCAGCGUUUGCGCUGGCGCACCGAACUCGCACUCGCGACGGCGCUGCACUCUAGACACGCGGCGGCAAUUUCCUCCACUUCGAGACUUGUGUCAGCUUCUACACCUACAGCAGCUCAGAAGCAGAUCGCGAUCGACCUCCUUGCCGCCGAAACAGCAGCUUCACAUGCGCUCAGCCUGUCCACUGACUCUCCCUCACCGGCAUCAAACCCGUGGUUCCGCUCCCUUCCACCUGAGCUCAUUCCACCAAACAAAUCAGAAUGGUUCACCGACAAUGAGCGCGGUCGAAGCUGGUACGUGCUUGGGCUCACGCAUCUGGCGGUGGGUGAGUGUCUGUUUGCCGCGGGGGAUUUGGAAAGGGCGGUGGGGCUGUUGGGCGAGCAAGGUGAUCAGAAGGGCAUUGAGGAAGUUGAGCAGGCGUUUGCGAGGGCAAGACAGGAGAUCGACUGGGACGUGAGGCCUGGUGUUGGGCUGAGGAAGGCUGCGUGUAUUGCGAGGAGGGAGAUUGAGUGA